CUUUAUCAGAUGAUCCCUCUCACAAUUGGGACCUCUGGAUCUAUCUGUCGGCAACAUUGACCGAAUUAUACCGAGUAAACACAGAACACAGAAAGCCGUAGAAGCGACGACGUUGCGAAUGCCCUCAUCAGAGCAGAUCGAGUUGCUCGCUACACCAUGUGUCACAUGCCGUGAAUAUCAUCUUAAAUGCGAUCGCUCGGUUCCAAGAUGUGGUCGCUGUGUUCGAGCAGGUCGCGAAUGCAAACUAGGCUUCAAAUUCAAACCUAGUAAAGACACGUUCAAAAGAAACCAAAAAUGGCUCAAGCCGCCGAAAAAGUUAAUUUACGUCGAUGAGAGACAAGGUCUGACCAUAGGAAGCCCCUCAGAGGAUACUUCUCUAUACGAGUUUCAUAUAGGCGAAAGUCAUAACUGGCAGCAGGAAUCGACUGCCUCGAGCGUCACACCUCCAGCUAUUCCCAAUUCAACAGAGUACAACAGGGCAGGUGGCCAGCCGGUAGAUGCUGUUCAAGCACAGAAUACCCCGAGAAACAAUGGAGGGAUUCCAGCUAAUGAUACGCCCGUCGUUGAGCUUCACUCUCAUGGACAUAUUCCCGGGUCUAAAUCUGCUAGUUCUUAUGAUUUAACGUCUUCAGAUAUAGAGAACGGACGCGUACCCCACGCUGGUAGUAUUGGUAGUAUUGGUAGUAUUUUGACGCCUAGUUUUCACAAUGCUUCAAGCCUGCCACUCAAAGACCGGACGGAAGCACUUCUAUUUCGGCACUAUAUCCAGAAACUAGCAAUUUGUUUGGACUUGUGUGAUCCACAUAGGCAUUUCGAGUUGGUCGUUCCGGAGCGUGCUGCCGAAUGCUAUAUGCUUUUGAAUGCUAUCUUUGCCAUAGCUGCGAGACAUCUAAGCCAUACGACGGAUUUUGAUCCACUGGCUUCGAACAGGUAUCACGACGAAUGCCUAAGGUACCUCAUCCCAAUGUUAAAUCACGCCUCAACGGUGUCAGAUGAGAACUUAUUCGCGGCAACGAUUAUCUUGCGUAUGCUUGAGGAAAUGGAUGUUCCAACAACAGGUCAAGACACCUACAGCCAUCUACUCGGUAUUCAUGCCUUCGUUAAUGUCGGCGACCAAUACAUGGGUCCGGGAAGUCUAGGUGCAGCUUCAUUCUGGGUAGGACUCCGACAGGAGAUCUAUAUUGCGGUCAUCACGCAACAGCCCGUCAAGGUGUCUUUAGACCACUUCGUGGUGGACCGGUCAUUUGAACCGGCCGACGACUAUACAUGGUCAAAUCGGGCGAUUGUGCUUCUUGCGGACGUCCUCAAUCUAUGCUUCGGGAAUAACUCGUUGGCAGCAGGACAUUGGGGUGCCUUAGAUGAGGCAUGCAGAAAGUGGUCUAACACUCGGCCCCCGUCCUUCAACCCCUUCUUUUACAGGGAACGUACGGCAACCUCGGCUUUCCCGGAAAUUUGGCAUGGGUCAGGUUGUCAUGUCAUUGGGAUUCAACAUCAUAUUCUAGCCCAGCUGUUCCUGACUCAGUUUGAUCCUUCGAUACCCAAAGUAGGCACAAAUCGCCGAACAGCAGUGAAGCAAAUGACACAUCGGAUUGAAAACCUCGUAAGGGAGCUCUGUGGUAUCGGGGUAUGCAAUCAAUGGACUCCACCGGGCAUGUUUACUGCUUGCAUGGGUAUCGCUAUGUUUGGCGAUCAAUUCGGCGAAAGGUCCGACCAGGAAGCUCUAAUGGACAUUCUAAGGAAGACGGAAGCAGAUCACGCUCGUCCGACUGCGUCAAUACAGCAGCAACUGAUGAAAGCGUGGGGCUGGUUACCAGAAAACGACGAAUGAAACAAAUAUUGACUUCAACCAACCCCUUAUCAAGCGAAGACAUGGUACACGAGAAGCCAAAGAGAUUGCAAAGUGGACUAAAGGGCGCUUAGGAUCGCCCCAGAUUACCGAACUUGGCCAGGCCUAUAUCCCCACGUUAUUUAACGUGGGGAUAUACUAAGAUCUAUGGGUAUAGACACCGGGGUAACGUGCGAAUGAUGUUAGUCUCUCUGGGGUACUCCGGAUACUGCAUAUGAGCGAAAAAUGCAGACCAGUGGAUGAGAUAAACUUAUCUCUGGGGUUCGGGCGAUUUUACCGUUUUCGCAAAAGAAGGGGUAGUUGUC